CGCCGCCACGCCCGCGACAGGUUAACACUACCACCACGCCCGCCUGCCCGCCCGCGCUCACCACUACCAUCAACGCCACGCCCACCCGUUCACUCACCUGUUAAGGGUUGCCGCCCGAGUGCCAGCCUCAGCUACUCUUCACCCGCGCUUCGGAGCAGUGUGAUGGUGAGGGGUUGGCCAUGCGUCGUGGUGUCAUGCGUCUUGCUGUGUUGCUGGUGCGUCCUCUCCGCCGCCCUCCCUACCCAUCUCCCAGAUGAGCUCGAUGACCCGGUGGUGAAGCGGCUUGCAGGUACACCCCACGAGUCCAUGAUCAGAUACUUCCUGAUGGCCAUGUCCAAUCCUGCAGGCCGUUACAAGUCUCCACAGCUCCUCAACCGCGGCGUCAGGAGGAUUGGGUCUGAAUUCCUCGGCAAGAGAUCUGUUGGAAAGCUCUCGGACGCCGACAAUCCACGAGACUUCGAGAGCGAAAACUGUAGCGACGAUGAUGGGACCGAAGAGGAGGACCUGAAGAAGGAACAGUUCAGCUUUACUGGCCAAUAUGAUUAUGAUGAAAGUGCUGGAGAAAAUUUUGGAAGUCAAGAGGAUUUAUUUAACACAAAACCCAAGAGAAAUAUCCGAAGUUUCCAUGGGGGCGUCAACAACGAUGGCUUGAAAAACUUCUUCUCUAUGCUUAUGUCAAAGAAAAUGGGAUCUGAGUUCUUAGGAAAGAGAAUGGGUUCAGAAUUUUUAGGAAAAAGGGCCAUGGGUUCAGAAUUUUUAGGAAAAAGGGCCAUGGGUUCAGAAUUUCUUGGAAAAAGAGCACUGGGGUCAGAAUUUUUAGGGAAAAGGGUUAUGGGGUCAGAAUUUUUAGGUAAAAGAGCUAUGGGUUCAGAAUUCCUUGGCAAAAGGGCUAUGGGAUCAGAAUUUCUAGGAAAGAGAGCAAUGGGAUCAGAAUUUCUAGGAAAGAGAGCGAUGGGAUCGGAAUUUUUAGGGAAGAGAGCGAUGGGAUCGGAAUUUUUAGGGAAGAGAGCGAUGGGAUCGGAAUUUUUAGGGAAGAGAGCGAUGGGAUCGGAAUUUUUAGGGAAGAGAGCGAUGGGAUCAGAAUUUUUAGGGAAGAGAGCGAUGGGAUCGGAAUUUUUAGGGAAGAGAGCGAUGGGAUCGGAAUUUUUAGGGAAGAGAGCGAUGGGAUCGGAAUUUUUAGGGAAGAGAGCGAUGGGAUCGGAAUUUUUAGGGAAGAGAGCGAUGGGAUCGGAAUUUUUAGGGAAGAGAGCGAUGGGAUCGGAAUUUUUAGGGAAGAGAGCGAUGGGAUCGGAAUUUUUGGGAAAGCGACAAUAUGAACCUGAAUUUGCCCAUACGCUAGACUACGACACAAAACGAGCGGUAGGUUCGGAGUUCCUUGGUUGAAGGAUUUUAAUUUCAAGUGAUACGAGGUGUCUUUUGAAGACCUAGGAAGCGGUUCCGGUCCAUCUGUAGGGGAACAAUUCUGACCUCUGUUCACUGUAAAUUAUUGGGCUAUCUUAUGUCAAGGUAUCGUCACGGCUAGGGUAGCUUAUUACUACAGUAGUUCCCUUAUACAAAUGAUCCCUGUGUUACGUAGCUCACUCGGCAUACGGAGGAGGGAUGGCGAGUGAUACCUUCCUAACACUGGGAAAAAAUAUAAAUCUGUAGCACUUAUCCCUAACCAAAAUUAUAAUAAACCAAUGUAUAUUUUUUAUUAAAAUCUUAAGCUUCCUGUAAUAGUAUUAGAAUGUAAAUGUUUAAAAUAUAUUAAUUUUCAUUUUUUAAAUGGAUUAUUUACCGCCAGAUCUCCCAUACUACUGUCCCUUGUUCUUCAUCUUCAUCUUCGAAAUACUGCCAUAAUAUUUUGAAUUUAUUCUUAAACAUUUCAAACACUUUUCUUUAUAAAAUGAAAAACAUCAAUUUCAAAAUAUUAACUAUUAAUGAAGCGAAAGAAAGUCCCUAGAUAACAAAAUCGUAAGAGGGAAGUUUCACAUUCACAAUCACGUUGGAAACUAGACCAGCAGCUUCAUGUUAAAAAUGUAACACUUUGAAUAACAGCCAAUUGAUGGUGGAAAUGUAAAAUACAGUGAGUCUCAGCCACACUCCCUCAUGUUGGUUUGUGACUGGCUGGAUAGGGAUGCCCAGAGAGGUCAACUGUUUUGAUUCUAAGUGGCCAUCAGUUGUUAAUGAGGAGGAUGGUAGAAGGGGCUGAGCAGCUCCUGGCUCUUGUUGAGCACUAAGGCGAGUGGUGGCAGUUUUCUGCUCUCUUUAAAUUAAAAUCUAAUUUCCUCCCGCCACAACCUUUCCAAAAUUAUUUUAGCGUCCUUCCACUUACAACAAAAAUACAGAAAUGUUACAAAACUUCUUUGUUUGUCAACGAACUGAUUUUAUGAGACGCACUCACCAUUUAUCAUCUAUAUACACUGAACAUAGUAAAAAAAAUCACUUCUAGGUAACGGGAUUCAUACCUGAACCACCAAUGUCUGCAGUAAGGCAUCUCUCCACAAGACCACAAUGGGCAAAAAGCUACCCAUCCUUAGCUACUCACCUGUAGCUCAAGGUCCCAUGCCCACAUAAUAUUGUGGUUCUGAUGGGCUGCCCACACACAGGUCCCAGAGAGCAUUUAAUCAAAAUUCCAGCUCAACGGUCUUGUCAUUAUAUCAGAACCUAUAAUUCACACAAGUAAAUCAAUGUAAACAAUUUUCACCUCUGGGUGCUGGGAUUCGUGGCAGUCAGGCAGCUAUCCACUGGACCACAAUGGGUUUGGUAGUUCAGGUUCGAGUCCCGGCACCCAGAGAUGAAAAUUGUUUACAUUGAUUUACUGUACGUACUUGUGUAAAUUAUAGUUUCUGACAUAAUGAUACACUGAACACUGUUUCCCCCAAAAAUUAUGAGCCUCACAACCACUGACAAGUAAACCCAUUGUUCAUCCCAAUUUAACAUUUGCUUAUCUUGUUGAUCAUAUGAAACCUUUAAGAGAAUAAAGAUACAUUUUUAUUAUAUUUUUUAUAUAAGCAUAUGAUCUGGCAUGAUGUAGGUGUCAUUUGUCACUGAUAAUAAACAAGUACAAGAUACCAUUAUAAUACAGCAUUUAGGUGAUGUAAUCAGCCAAUCAUAGCCAUGUUUUAGUUAUCAUGAUAGCCAAUCACAAGCCCACAAGAGAGAAAGUGUGCAUGGCUUAUAUUACAUUUCCAAAAUGAAGAGUACAGUACAGUACAGUACAGUUGUCACUUAACUAUUCAUCUUCAUCUUUUUCUAGCAAUAACAAAACAUAUCAUUUAAUUUUUAACUCUACUUAAACAUAGUAAAGACAUCUAUUUGUUAAUAAUGUUGGAUUAUUAUAGUUGAUAUUUAACGCAUUUUAAAUUAAAUUUCAUUCUCACUAGUUUACAGGGUUGUUGGUAAUCUUUGCCUGUAACUCAAGCUAUUAUUUAUGCAAUAACAUCAAAUAUACAAGAGGACAAACAAUUAACACCUUCAUUAAUCAAACAACACUUUAAAUUAAAACCAUAAAUUACAGGCAACACCAUAAUCAACGACUAGCUUGAAAGAACUAUUGUGAAUCAUCUGUUAAGCGCAAGUCCUAAAGGAAAAAUCACCAAAUUCCUUUUAUUAUCUGUUUCAGAACAUUAGGUUAAUGUUCUACCAAAGUGAGGUGUGUCCGUCGGCCAAUCACAACCCAUUGUGACAAAACUACUUUUCAUGUGACAAAAUUAUCAUGCAUGAGCUUUGAUAAUGAUCCUACAGCAAUCAGCAAAGGUGCAUUAUACGGUUGGUAAUUAUUACAAAGCAUCGGUGAACACGAUACAUCAAACAGCAAGUGAAGCAUUAGGAGAUAGAGGCUCGGACUUCAGGUUCCUUAUGGUAUACUGUAUUCAACAUGUCGGCCACUAUCCAACGGUGUUUUACAGAUGCAGAUGCUACUCCUCAUCUUAAAUGUCCCUUUGGGUGUACAGUACUGUAUUUCACUAUGUUACAGUCGACCAUCUUACAGCUCCUUAAGGUCCUCUCUAGUCUUGUAUUAUUACAAAAUAUAUUACAAGAUCCUUCAACUCAACCUAUGAUCUUACUGUUCCAAAAGUGUAGUCCACAAUCUUAAAAGUGUCUUGAUAUAUAGGUAUUCAUGAUCUUUAAGGUGUAUUCUAUGACUUUACUGUUCCCAAAGGUACAGUCUUCUAUCACUCUGUCAAUAAUAGUUAAUUCACCAUCUCACAGGUCCUAAAAGGUAUAUACUAGAUCUCACAAUUCCUUAAUGUGUAUUUUACGAUCCUACACUUCGAUACGUUACAAUCAUCUCCCAAUGACUGUGUAGAAAGCUGGUGAAUUGUUAACGAGUUAUAAUAGCCUGUGACUGACUGGUAGUUUGCAGACAUAGAGUGGAGGACCAAACCUGUAUAUAUAUAACACACAUCAAACAAUAAAAUUUCAAACACUUUGUC